GGCACCUUUCCGGUACACACAACACAUUCCGAUUCCUUCCACGCAUUCCGAACACCCUCUCCGAAAAUGGCUAGCGCAAACAAUGCCAACGAAUCCUCCGGCCCCGGUUUCAACACCUGGACCUUCGGCGAUGCCUGCGAGAGCAUGUCGCCGCUGAACUCCCUUCACCGGGCCGAUCUGGUGAUCGAGGGCGAGAACGAGAAGGCCGGCGCGGACCUGCUCUUCGUGUGCCACUUUUCGAGGGGAGCGGAAACGGCAUCGUCCAUGGGAUCCCUCGACGCCGAGACCCACGCCUCGAUCUCCUCGCUGCUCGAGGAACACGCGGAGACCUACAAGAACGGAUCGAAGGAAGGAUCCGUUACACCCACCCUGCGAACGAUCGAUGGAAGGACCAAGACCCAGAGGAGGCUGGUCCUCGUCGGCAUGGGAGAAAAGGGCGACGACAAGGAUCCCUCGCGCUCGGCAAAGAUCGGUCGGUCCCUGGGAAAGGCGAUCGCCACCCGCUGCUCCGAAGAAGCCUCCCCGAAGCUAGCAAGGGCGGCGGUCCUCCUCCCCUUUUCCAUCGGACCGGGAGAAGCCCACGUCUCCUGCGCCAGGGAACUGGCGGCGGCCUUUUACUCGGGCCUCUACGCGGACCACCGCUUCCGGGGCAGCCUGGAGUCCAUCCAGAAACCCACCGUGCCCGCGAGGCACCUGGAGUCCGUGGCCCUGCGCGGCUACAGCGACACCGGCAGCAGCAGCAGCAGCGAGACCGAGACCGGCGGCUUCGAAACGGCGGCCAUGGAAGACGCCGUUGCCACCGGAAAGGCGAUCGCGAGGGGCGUCCACCUGGCCAGGGACAUUGUCAACGCCCCCCACAACGUGCUCAACUCGCUCUCGCUGGCGGACCUGGCCCGGACCAUUGCCUCCGAGAGCAUGGACGGCUGCCUCUCCUGCACGAUCCUGGACAAGGACGACUGCGAGAAACGGGGGAUGGGGGCCUACCUGGGCGUGGCGAGGGCCAGCGAGACGCCGCCCCGGUUCAUCCACCUGACCUACACGCCUCCGACCACUGGUGCUUCCGGCCCCAACAAGAAGGUGGGGGUCGUCGGCAAGGGCCUCCUCUUCGACACGGGCGGGUACAACAUCAAGACCGCCAUGAUGGAGCUCAUGAAAUUCGACUGUGGCGGGGCCGCCGCCGUCCUCGGCGCCGCCCUCACCACCGCGGCACUCCGGCCGAAAGGGGUGGAGUGCCACUUUGUGGUGGCGGCCUGCGAGAACAUGGUCAACGACAGGGGGAUCGUUCCGAGCGACGUGCUGGUGGCCUCGAACGGGGUGACGAUCGAGAUCCAGAACACGGACGCGGAGGGGAGGCUGACCCUGGCGGACGCGCUGGUCUACUGCGACAGGGAGGUGGGCUGCGAGAAGAUCGUCGAGCUCUCGACCCUCACCGGGUCCUGCAUGGUGGCGCUGGGAAAGGUGCGUUGCGUGGACCUGCCGUGUGGCCGUCGUUUCCGCUGUUUCUCGUGCACUCACAAACGUUGCGUCUCUGUUUGUUUUUCUUUUUUUUUUUCGUUCGCAGGAGGUCUGCGGCGUCUUUACGGAAAACGACGACCUGGCCGGCGAGAUCGACGCCGUCUCCAAGGCCACGGGGGAGCCUUCCUGGAGGAUGCCCCUCGUCAAGUCCUACGAGGACCAGCUCAGGUCCAAGAUCGCGGACAUCAACAACUACGGGACGCGCUUUGGCGGGUCCAUCACGGCGGGCCUGUUCCUGCAGCACUUUGUCGACACCAAACGGGUGCCCUUUGCGCACAUCGACAUCGCCGGCCCCGUGUGGAACGAUUCCUCGGGGGCCACCGGCUUUGGGUCCAGGCUCGUAUCCGAGUGGAUCCGCCGGCAGGGAGUGGCUGGUGGGGCUUGAAUCCGCUGGCCGAAAGUGCAGGGCUUGGAAUGUCGAGUCAAUCUUUUCAUCUUUUAAAUUGCUUUAUUUGCGCUUGCUUGCCUUUGAUAGCUCUGUCCGUAUCAGCAAUCGUUUGAGUUCACGAGUAGUAUGGUAAAGUACUAUUUACAGGAAAUAGAUUUUGGAUUUUGUG